UAUACAACGAUCACAUACCGUUGUGUGUUAUCGGACGAACUGGACCUUCUACUCAGCUUUGCAAUAAAUCAUUGAUAAUAAACGUAGUGUUGUGAUGUCUCCAACUAAUGCGUCAUAUGAAAAUGGGAGCAAGGUCUUCACACCUAAGAACACCCUUCCAGAAGUAGAAACGGAAAAUGGAAACGGACAUAAAAGGUACUCGUACGAGAUGCUGGUGGAGACAGCCCAGUUCCUGUUGUCGAGAACGUCCACUCGACCAGUGAUCGGCAUCAUUUGUGGCUCCGGGAUGGGUUCGUAUUGGAACGAGGGCUCAUUGGCAGAAAGUAUCGUGGAGGCCGAACGUAUACCAUAUGAGGAGAUACCAAAUUUUCCUGUCAGUACCGUAGAAGGACAUCACGGGAAAAUGGUGUUCGGGACAUUGGGAGAAGUGCCCGUGGUGGCAAUGCAGGGUCGGUUCCAUUAUUAUGAAGGAUACCCGCUUUGGAAGUGCUGCUUGCCUGUUCGAGUUAUGAAACUUCUCGGUGUGAAGACCUUGAUAGCCACCAAUGCAGCCGGCGGCCUCAACCCGCGCUACAAGAUUGGCGACCUUAUGAUAGUAAAGGACCACAUCAACAUGAUGGGCUUCGCGGGCAACAACCCUCUGCACGGGCCCAACGACGAGAGGUUCGGACCUCGCUUCCCGCCCAUGAGCAAGGCAUAUGAUUUGGAAUUCAGGAAGAUUGCCAAACAGGUCGCAAAAGAAUUAAACAUAGAAAAUAUAGUGCGAGAGGGAGUAUACACGUGCCUCGGUGGACCAAACUUUGAAACAGUCGCUGAAUUGAAUAUGUUGAAAAUGGUUGGAGUUGAUGCUGUUGGCAUGUCGACGGUACAUGAGGUCAUCACAGCACGUCAUUGCGACUUAAAAGUUUUCGGCUUGUCACUAAUAACAAACGAAUGCAUCACAAGCUACGAGCAGGACAACGAAGCCAACCAUGAGGAGGUGUUGGACGUCGGCAGGAUGAGGCAGGACGUGCUCCGGAAGUACGUGGCGCGACUGGUGGAAGAGUUCGGGAGGGAGGAGCAGAGAACGUGAACCGAGUAAAGAACCCAGAAACGACUUGAUUUACUUUAAGAAUUGUAAUUUAUAAUAUAUUAUUGUUCUUGGAAACAUUUAAAUUAUCUUUAAUGAAAUCACGCCAUGGUUUAAUGUGAUAUUGAUUUACCAAGAUUGCACAAUUAUUCUUAUGUAAAUGCGACCUUGAAAUUAAACAGAAAAAAAAAAAUUCAAAGUGUA